UGUGCACCGUGUUGAAUGUCAAAUUCACAUGUUGCGUUCGAUUUGUAUUUUUGUCGAAAUGAAGAGUGAGAUACCCACGUAAAAAUAUAUCUGAUAUAGGACUAAUAGUGCUGAAUAGAAUGAGCCGAAACAGAGUUCUGCAAUGGGGUUGCAUGAGUAGAAACUGGUGGCUGUAUGAUGCAAAGUAUCAGUGUCCAUUCAGAUCAGCAGAAAAGCUGUGCAUGUAUUUGGAGGGAAGACACAAACCACUAUAUCAUCCUUUGUCGGAUGUCGGGGACCAUGUUGUUGUGAUCAACACGCAACAUAUAGCGAUGGUGGAUGAUAUGUGGCGUAAACACCACUUUGAACUUGACACCAGAUUUGCUGGAGGAAAAUCAAGAACAACCUCCUGGCUGUUACAUGAAGCAGACCCUACAAAGGUGUUGUACAAGACAGUAUUCAAAGCCGGGCCGAAAAACCUUCUGAGGCCAAACAUGAUGAAGAGACUGCAUUUGUUCCCAGAUGAACAUGUUCCUGAUGAAAUCAUGGAAAACGUGUCGGACGUCAUUCGUCAGAUUCAGGUCGUUCCUAAAACCCUUGACUCAUUCUCCGAAGAAGAAGUUAAAUCCUUCCCCAAACUCUUUGACUGGCCUAAAGACCAUAUAAUGUUCAAGAGAAGACCGCUGGAAGACGUUGUGAAGGAACAAGAAAAGCUGAAUCCUCAGAAAAGUGCAAAGAAAAAGUGAACCUGACUUAUGGCCGGUCCUUGUCAUUAUGUGAACAGUGUCUGUGUUUAUUUUCAAGUCACAGGACAGCGAAUUUAAAAAAAUAUUGAUUGAAGAAUAUUUUAAUUUAAAGGGACUCAACUCAAGUUUUAUAGGGUCAGACAUCGAAAGUUAAAUUUAGUGUGAAGGGUGAACAAAAUUCUUGAAACAAAACAUCAUGAGAAAUGUAAAUAAGAGCUGUAUUAUUGAUUUUUUUUUUUAAAUUUGACAAAAAAUACUCAUUUUAGCCUGAAAGUGUAAGCUGAAAAUAUAUGUUGCCGAAAAGUGUUUCAACUUAGUGGAAUAUUGAUUUUUGCUGAAAAGAGUUAGUUGAAAAAUGAUUAUUGCCGGUUAGUGUAUGUUGAAAAUUGUUUUUUGCCAAAGAGCAUUAGUUGAACAUUGAAUUUUGCUGAAAACUGUGAGUUGAAAAUUGAAUGAAAUUAGGGAUUGAUUGAGAAACUUCUGUUUAAAUAAUGGUUUGUCAGUUGCUGUCUGGUGUUGUUCAUAAAAGUAAAAUGAAAUCAUUUGAUCAAAGUUUGAAAAAAAAUGCUGACGGCAUAAAAUCUGUGAGUAAGUCCCUUUCCUAAAGGCACCACUGUUUGUGAAACAUGUAUAGUGACAAUGCUGGAUUUUGAUUAUGAACUUUUAAUGUGUUCAGUGAUAAAUCAUGUCAAUUUGUGAAAAUGGUGUUAUGUGUUUUUAUGGACGUAAACAAGACAGAAGUAUUUUGAAAUGAUUACUGUUUUGAAAUAAUUGUUUCCUGUGUAAUUACAUGCAUAAAACGAAAGAGAAUAAAAGUAUGAAAUAAAUGUAUUGUUUUUUAGUAUGAUCACAUUUUAUUAUGCAUUUUUGGAUUUAGCUUAAACAUGAUUGGACGAUUUGUUCCAGUCAAUGUU